CUAUGAAACUAAUGACAGCUCUGGUCAAUGUAGCUUUGAAUCUGAGUGUUAGUCAAGAUAAUACCCAACGUCAAUAUGAUGCGGAAAAAGCCAAGCAAACACCAAAAAGAGCUGCUGAACGUCUAGAAAUGUUACUUGCCAAAAGAAAGGAAUUACAAGAAAAUAUGGAAGAAGUUAAUCAGAUGAUGAAUAACAUAUUUAAAGGAGUCUUUGUUCAUAGAUACAGGGACACCCAGCCUGAGAUUCGUGCCAUUUGUCUUGGUGAAAUUGGAAUAUGGAUGAAGAAUUACAGUGAAACAUUUCUCAGUGAUAGUUAUCUUAAAUAUGUUGGCUGGACUCUGCAUGACAAGGUUGGUGAAGUCAGACAAAAGUGUUUAUUUGCAUUAAUUCCACUGUUCAACAACCCAGAACUAGCGCCAAAACUUGAACUCUUUACAAAUAGAUUUAAGGAUAGAAUUGUUGCUAUGGUAUUGGAUAAAGAGGUGGAUGUUGCAGUACAAGCUAUUAAAGUGGUCACUCUUAUCUUCAAGUUGAAUGAAGAUAUUCUAAGUUGUGAAGACAGAGAGAAUGUCUACCAGCUUGUUUAUUCUUCUCAUCGCAAUGUAGCUCAGGCAGCUGGAGAAUUUCUCAAUGAAUGUCUCUUUAAACGAGAGGAUAUACAAGCCACUCACCGUAGUAAUAAAAGACGAAGUGCUAAUGCUCCUCUUAUUAAAGACAUGGUACAGUUCUUCAUUGAAAGUGAGCUGCAUGAACAUGCUGCCUAUUUGGUAGAUGCUCUAUGGGAUGUCAAUGAUAUGGUCAAAGAUUGGGAUUGUUUGACAGAAUUGUUACUAGAGGAACCAGGAAGAGGGGAAUCAG